UGUUACAACAACAGUUGCUGACACAACUACAGUGGCUGACGCAACUACGGCAGAUACUACAGCAACUGAUGCUACAACUACAGUGGCUGACACAACUACAGCUGAUGCUACAACAACGGUUGCUGAUGCAACAACGGCUGAUGUUACAACAACAGUUGCUGACACAACUACAGUGGCUGACGCAACUACAGCAGAUACUACAGUAGCUGAUGCUACAAGUACAGUGGCUGACACAACUACAGCUGAUGCUACAACAACAGUUGCGGGUGCAACAACGGCUGAUGUUACAUCAACAGUAGCUGACACAACUACAGUGGCUGACGUAACUACGGCAGAUACUACAGCAGCUGAUGCUACAAGUACAGUGGCUGACACAACUACAGCUGAUGCUACAACAAC